AGAGAAGGAUCGAAAAUGAAAAUUGGUCUGACACCAGUUGGGAUAUAGAAUAGAAAGUCCCAUUCCAAAGAGGAUACACACACAAACACGCACGUACACUCAAAAUAUAUUCGCUUACCUGAAAGCAGGGCUAAAGAGCGAGCAGCACACACACGCACGCACACAUUCACACAGUAACUCACGCACACAUACAUACGCUUCGGCUUUAUUGGUUCCCAGGUAGCAUGUGGCUUCGCACAGUUGACGCUCAUCCUGCAAGACGCACGCAACGCGGGACCGUAGCCAGGAUCGACAAAAUGGAACCCCAAAUACUGCCAGCAAACGGCUCCAAUUUCGUGAAUGUGCGCGACGAUUCGCAUUGGAGCGGCCGGGAGCAGCCGAUGCUGCUCACGGCCUGGACACAGACUACGGGCGAGGAUUUUGGGCUGUUGCGCACUCUGGAGAACGAUCCCCAUGUGGAGGCCGAGAAUCGUGCACUGCGCGAGAAAGUGCGCUAUCUGGAGGCCAAGCUGCAGGAGCACACGGAUCUGCUCUCCCAAAUACACGCAACAUCGGCACGCAUGCAACUGGCCACAGCCACAGCUGCCUCGCCGGCGACGCCGCCCACACACCAGCCACAAAUACUGACGCCGCCCAGCUCUGUUAUCUGUGCACCUAGCUCGAGCCAGCCGCAGCGCUCCGAGGUGAUUGACUAUAAAAUAAUUGCAGCUGCUGGCGCCGACUGCAACGAUGCGGAUGCCAUCGAGAUACGUUUGGCGGCGGAAAGUUUAAACAGCCUGAGCACAUCCGCCGACUCGGAUCGCCUGGAAAUUUGCCUGGGUAACGAUGAACAACAGCAGCAGCAGCAGCAGCAGCAACAACAGCAGCAACAACAGCAGCAACAACAGCAGCCACAUCAACUGAUCAAGCGCGAGUCCACGACGCCGCUGCAGCUGAUCAAGCGGCGCAAGCUGGAGCUGCAGGAGCACAACAUGUCUGCACCGCCGGUGCUGCAGCAGCAGCAGCAGCUGCACAACGUCAAUUACAAGCUGCCCACGCGCAGAAGCCACGGCAAGGCCAGGGACGAGUGGAAGCCGGAUGUCAAGGCAGAACAGCAAAUGGCGGACAAUGUGAUGGUCUCCAUUGGGCCCAACAAUACCUGUGUGCCGGCCAGUGUCUUUGAGAAUAUCAAUUGGUCCGUCUCCUCGCUGGCCACGCGCAAAUUGCUGGUGGCCACAUUCGACCGCGAAACGCUGGCCACACACUCGAUGACCGGCAAGCCGUCGCCAGCCUUCAAGGAUCAGCAGAAGCCGCUUAAGCAAAUGCUCGAUCCGCUCAAGAUACAGGACAUCAUCUUUGCCGUGACGCGCAAAUCGAAUGCCAGCGAGAAGGAGGUGCGCAACGCAAUCACCACGAAAUGCGCCGAUGAGAAUAAGAUGAUGAAAAUUCAAAAGGGCAAACGCUGCAGCAUUGGCGACAAGGAGAACAUGCAUUAG